ACAACCCGCAGCUACCCUUCCCUCCGGCCUGGUUUGCUCUACUUCGUGAUCUCGCAGAAGAGCAAUCGAGCUCAAGCACUCUACCGGGAGAAGUCCUGCGACAUCGUUCGAGUUCCGCGUCCUCGCCCAGCAACCGACCAGGCCGCGGGGCCUCUCCGUGCCUUUGACGACAACAAAACACCCGCGCCCUUCGAUCUCUCCUCUCUCUUCCCCGAUCCCCAAUCCCCAACAUUUCUCCCCACGCAAUGGCAGAAGCCACCCUCCACAACGCUCCGAUCGUCAUCGACAAUGGCAGUGGGACCAUCCGCGCCGGCUUUGCCGGUGAGGAGAUCCCCUCCUGCUACUUCCCCUCGUUCGUGGGCCGGCCCAAACAUCCGCGGGUGAUGGCCGGCGGUCUCGAAGGCGACGUCUUUAUCGGACAACGAGCUCAAGAACUGCGCGGCUUGCUCAAGAUUCGCUACCCUCUGGAACAUGGAAUCGUAACAGAUUGGGACGAUAUGGAGAAAAUCUGGCACUACGUGUACGAGAACGAGCUGAAAACGCUGCCGGAGGAACACCCCGUGCUCCUGACGGAGCCACCGCUCAACCCACGCAAGAACCGCGACGCUGCCGCCCAAAUCAUGUUCGAGACCUUUAACGUUCCGGCGCUGUACACCUCGAUUCAAGCUGUGCUGUCAUUGUACGCGUCUGGUCGGACAACAGGUGUGGUCCUCGAUUCAGGGGAUGGUGUGUCCCAUGCGGUACCGGUGUUUGAAGGUUUCGCGAUCCCGAACAGUAUACGGCGGAUUGAUGUGGCGGGUCGGGAUGUGACGGAACAGUUGCAACUACUGUUACGAAAGAAUGGACAUGUGCUGCAUACCAGUGCGGAGAAGGAGGUCGUCCGCAUGAUCAAGGAGAAGGUGUGCUACGUUUCGCUGGAUCCGAAGCGGGAGGAGAAAGACUGGAUGAAUAGCUAUCACAAGUCGGAGACGAAGUCUGUUGACUAUGCGCUGCCUGAUGGGCAUAAGAUCAAGAUCGGACAAGAACGCUACCGCGCCCCCGAAAUUCUCUUCGAUCCGGAACUUAUUGGCUUGGAAUACCCUGGUGUACAUCAAAUCGUGCAGGAUGCCAUUACCCGGACGGAUCUCGAUUUGCGGAAAUCUCUCUACCUCAACAUCGUCCUGUCUGGUGGAUCAACGCUGUGCAAGAAUUUCCCGGACCGGUUGAUGCGCGAGAUCAAGCGUCUGGCUGUGGAGGAUAUGAAGAUCCGAAUCUCUGCCCCCGCAGAACGGAAGUACACGACAUGGAUCGGAGGUGGUAUUCUUGCUGGCUUGAGCACCUUCCGGAAGAUGUGGGUGAGCGCAGACGAAUGGCACGAAGACCCCGAGAUCAUCCACCGGAAGUUCGCUUAAAGAUGCUUGCCUUCUCGGAUGAAACCAAUAUCAGGGACCUGCACGAUCGACGGUAUCCACUUCCGCGCCUGCAGCUCGCAGACUCCGCGACAGGAUACGUUUCACUGCAAAUACUGAACAUGCAAGCUACUAGCUAGAAAAGACAUCAAUGGUGAUGCUCACAAUGGUCAGCAGCAGCUU